AUGGAUACACAUGCUCUCUCCACUCAUCUCCUUUUAGUCAUUCUCAGCAUCAGUGCAGUCUACAGUGAAGAAGACACAGAAACACAGAUCUGUCUUGAGCACCAAAAAGCCUUUGAAGGCUCUUGCUAUGAGUUUGUGACCCUGCAGCGAAGCUUCCUCGAAGCUCAAAGGUGGUGUGAGCGUGGAGGUGGACACUUGGCCUUCAUCCAGAAUGAUGAGACGCAGCAAUUUCUCCACAGACAUUUGCAAUUAGAGCAGGACUGGUGGCUAGGCCUGGCACCUUCCUCCUUCAACUUCAGCAUGGGCUCCGCUGCCACAGAGGGUUCCUUGUCCUGGCUGGAUGGAUCCGAUGUGAGUUACUCUAACUGGUUCCGUGAACCUGAGGUUGGAGAAGCUUGUGGUUACAUCAUGAAGCAAUCUGGAUUUCAGUGGGCAUCAACCGAAAACUGUAGCCAAGAGCUCCACUUUAUCUGCGAGUUUGAGUCAGGACAUGCUCUAGCCUGUCUGGAACACAAUGCCACGCUACAGUGUGGCUCUGGUCAGGUUAUAGAGAUCGAUGACAGCUUCUACGGCAGGAAGACGCCGCACUACUGCAGGGCUGAACAUUUUCUGCCUGACAUAACCUUACGGGAGGAGUGCAGCUGGGUCGACGUGGUGGAUAUGGUGUCGGGGCACUGUCAUGGGUUGCAGGUAUGCCAGGCUGUAGCAAACGUAGCAUCCUUUGGAGAGCCAUGCCCAGGACUAGGAAGCUAUUUAUCAGUGGAUUAUCACUGCAAAGAUGGUCUUCAUCUACUGAUCAACAAGCAAGCUGCUGUCUUUCAAAACAUCACCUUGGCAACAAAAUGGUUGCUUCAUCCUUACCAAGGAAAUCUUACAUGUACUUUGAAUGCUGGUGAUGGACACACUAUUGACCCCUACAUGCCUGAAGAGUUACAGAGUAUUAUAGUGCACAGAUACCAACAUGCUGGAGUGUAUACUGUUACAGUGGAGUGUAGCACCAGUGAGUGGCAUGUGACAGCUCAGAAAACCAUCACGAUCCAAGAACCUGUUGGGGAAUUUAGUAAAAUUGUGUGCCAUAGCUCAAACCAGACAACAGACAGUGAAAACUGCAAAGGUCUUAACAACCAUGUGCUGAGAAUCCAAGUGCAGCUCAGUGCUGGUACUAACAUCACAUACAAAAUUCAACAUGGAAUCACUGAGCUUGUACGUUCUUCUGUAGUCAGAGGGAUUGUUCCUCACAACAUCACUAUCACUCAAGAAACUUUACAGCUGUUGGGCUUGGGAUGCCAUCAACUUAGUCUCCUGGCCGCCAACGGAGUGACUGCUCCAGAUGUGUCUGUUCCUCUGGAACUUUGCUUGGUGGAGCCAGUGGAUGGUCUUAAAGCCUCUGUGGCACCAGAGCAGGACCUGUGCUCAGACUCAGCUCUAUAUGUUAAUGUCUCUUUGGACCACGGUGCUCCAGUUGAGGUGUUCUUUCUGGUGUCUGCAGAUAAUGAUAGCUUCUCCGAGAUACAUCGCAUGCUAAAUGGGAGUUUACAGAUGUUCAGGAUCUCAAGCAAAAUAGAAGGUUCAAUGCGGAUAAAGGUUAAGGCAUCUAACUUGUUUACCUCAAUGGAAGUCGAAGCUGGAGAUACACUAUUGGAUUGCCAGGCAGACAAUUCGAUGGGAGAUCAUACAGGAACGCUAAGUGGCAAUAUCUUGCUGAUCACUGCAAACCCAGAGAGCCCAGUUGUAGGCACAAGUAGUAUAAUGUUGGAUGUUAAUGGCCUAAAUGGAAAUGCUAACCAUUACACAUUUGCCUGGAACUGCAGUGGAACUUGUCCCUGUAAUGUUAGUACUCAGACUAAAACCCAUCAGAUAAAUGCUACUUGUCUUCCACCACCCUACAGUUUUUCAGUUUACACUGUGAUUGCUCAGAAGACUACAGUGCAGCUUGAGGAACAGACAGCAAGCAAAUGCAUCUUUGUAUCUCCAGGGAAAGAUUUAAAUCCUGUCAUUACAUGUUCCAAUUGCAACCCAGUCAAUGUCAAUGCCAAUGUUAAUCUGCAGUUGCAGUGUGAAGGCUGUCAACAAAUUGUUUGGUACUUUGAGGACAAAAGCCAUGUUCCUGAUAUUUUGAGAUCCUGCUAUUCUGAAACAGGGCAGAAAGCCCUGAUAAAACAGAAAGAAGGUGGCAGUUCUUUUAUAAUCGAGAGUGAAAUUCUAGUCAAUGCACAGCAGAACAUAAACGUUGUUGUGUACGGUGUAAGAGAUGGAUUAUCUGGAUCGACUGAAUUCACCAUCCCAAUAUUCGGUGUCUCGUCUACUUUGUUCCCAACAUUACUACCUAAUAGUCAAGCCACAAAUGGGCAGCUUGCGUCCCAAACACAGGCUAUAGUCACAGAGUCUGUUAUAACCACCUCCAGUACUCCCUUUAGUUCUCCCACCACUGCAAUUAAUCCUUUAAAAGAUUCAGCACCGUCCUGUAACAUUAACCCCACUGUCGGAGAUAUUUUCUCUCCCUUCAACAUCCUUUGUACUGUGGCUCCUUCGUUCUGCAAAUCUGGACCAUGUAUGUACUGCUUCAGAACAUCCACUGGUGACUACUUGUACUGUGGCCAUAACCAGACAGUGAAGUCACUCUUUCUCCCUCUUGGAGGUGGUACUAACUACACCCUGGUUGUAGCAGUCACUGUUGAGAAUGUGGAAGGAGAGAAGAUAAACACAACUUUAUCUGUUCAGGUAAAUGAUGUUAGUACUGGGCCAACAGUGGAGGAUCUACAGGGCUUUGUGUCCAAGCAGGUGGACCAAAUGUUGCAGCAUGGGAAGCUGACAGGGGCAUCACUAGCCCAGAUGUUCCAGUCUGUGUCAUACAGGCUGAAUGAGGACACACCCGAGGGCCAAAAACAAGAUGCAAAGAUGAAGCUCCGAGAGGAGAUGCUGAUAGACCUGGGAACAGCUGUGAACUCUGCCCCUCUCAAGAACCCCGGAGAAGUGCAAAAGACAGCUGAUGCUGUAGUGAGCCUCACUACACAGAGUGAAGAGUUGACAUCUACAGCUCAGUUACAGGCUAGUUCAAUUUUGUCAAAGCUCAGUUUGUCCCUGGUCUCUCUCACACUCUCUGAGAGGGAUGACCAAGAAGUAACAAGGCAGGCGGUCACACCCAUCAUUCAGGCUGCCAGUAACAUCCUCAAAGUUUCUGCCAGAACAGACCAGCAGGAGGUCAUCUCUGAAAACCUGCUACAUGCAGCAGACAAUGUCCAAAGUGCACUGCUGGUUGGUGCAAGUGUAGACCAAGAGCCUAUUAUUGUUAGCACCUCUGAGAUCAGUGUGUAUGUAAACAGAAUGUCCCCAGUGGCACUUCAGAAGCAGUCCUUCAGUAUUGAGUACAACAGCUCUGCCAGCUUUGUGCUCCCGUCUUUGGGUCCUAAUGUGCUGCCUUUAGAAGAGACAGUGGAUCUACGGAUGCUGAGUUUUGCGAUAAACCCUUUCCCCUUGAGGAAAGGUGAGCUCAUCAGUGGAGCAGUGGCAUCUCUGUCCAUCACUCGAGAGAAUGGAUCUGUUAUCCCAGUAUCGGACCUCAGUGAAGAGAUUGAGAUUAUCUUGCCGAGACCAGAGGCUGAAGUUAACAGUACAUUUCUGGACCUGGAGAACUACAGUACUUUAAUUAUUAAUGUGACUACACCAAAUAUAUCUCUGGUUUUGAAAUUGGACCCCUCAGAAGAGAUACCUUUACAUUUACUCCUGGGGUUUGAACACUACCCAAACAACACUCACUACAAGACCACAAUUCAGCUGCCUCAACCAGGCAAUUCAACAGAAGAGAGGUAUGCAUGGGUCCUGGAUUCCAGGGAUAUAACACUAGAAGUAGGGGUUUACUAUCUUCUGGUGAGGCCUAUUGGAUCAGCAGGUUUAAACUCCUCAAAUGCCUCAGUGUACAUCACGUCGAUAGCUGCUCAGUGUAAGUACUGGGACGAGACUGAAACCACAUGGAGUGACUAUGGCUGCAGGGUUGGACCUCACACCACAACACUGCAUACUCAGUGCCUGUGUACUCAUCUAACAUUUUUCGGCAGUUCUUUCUUUGUCAUGCCCAACCUUGUCGACGUGUCCCGCACCGCUGAACUUUUCGCCACGUUUGUCAAUAACCCAGUAGUGGUGUGUUUCGUGGGCACUAUUUUCCUCGUCUAUCUCAUAGCUGUGGUUUGGGCUCGACGAAAGGACAUCCAAGACACUGCAAAGGUGAAAGUCACAGUGUUAGCUGAUAACGAUCCUUUGGCUGAAUAUCGCUACUUAUUGACCAUCAGUACUGGGCAUCGCCGUGGAGCAUCUACAUCAUCUCAGGUUACAGUGACUCUGCUGGGCUCUGAGGGAGAAAGUGAGCCCCAUCACCUAACUGACCCAGAAAAGCCGGUAUUUGAAAGAGGAGGAACGGACAUGUUCCUCCUCACCACGCCAUUCUCACUUGGAGAGCUGCAGAGCAUCAGAUUAUGGCAUGAUAAUUCUGGGAAACAUCCUGCAUGGUAUGUUAAUAAGGCGAUGGUCCAAGACCUGGAGACAGGACAAAAGUGGCAUUUCUUAUGUAGUUCAUGGCUGGCUAUUGAUGUCGGAGAGUGCACCCUGGAUAAAGUGUUUCCUGCAGCAACAGAAACUGACUUAAAAAGGUUUAGUAAUCUGUUCUUUAUGAAAACCACAAAAGAUUUCCAAGAUGGUCACAUUUGGUUUUCAGUGAUCACUCGGCCACCCAAUAGUAACUUCACCCGAGUACAGCGUGUUUCGUGCUGUUUCUCUCUGUUGCUCUGUACAAUGCUGACCAGCAUCAUGUUCUGGGGGAUUCCCACUGACCCUUCUGAACAGACCAUGGAUCUGGGGAAGAUCGAGUUUACCUGGCAGCAAGUGAUGAUUGGAAUCCAGAGCUCCAUUAUUAUGUUCCCCAUCAACCUUCUUAUAGUAAGCAUCUUCAGAAAUGUUCGACCAAGAGAACGAGCAACAGAUCAAACUCCUAAAAAGUCUAAGCCUGCUUCUGUUAAGCAAGGAAAAACAGGACGGGUGUCGCCAACCCAACCUCCGUCUCCACAGAGUGACCACAGGGAGAUCACGCCAGAUGCUGUAACCAAGGACAUCAAGAGGAUAGCCCAAUCUCUCUCCAAGGCUCUGAGGAGCCCUAUGCCAAUGAUAGACCCUGAGAAAAUGGAUAUCAAUGAUCUCCUGUCACUAGUUGAAGACAUUAUUUGUCAGCAGAACCGUGUAGGCGAGUUUUACUCUGAUGCCUCCAAAAAGGAACUCGCCAUCUCUCUGGGUGCUGUAAAUCUUCAUGAAAGGAGUCCUGAAAACAUACCAAAAGAGAAACACAGAAUUUUCAGGCAAUAUCUCUACAAACAACUUCAGAAUGUGGAGAAAGAGCUGAGGCUGCUGGGUCCUUCCCGGUUCUCUAAACCAGAGAGCUACAUUCAGGCAGUGUUGCAGGUUCAGGGCAUGAAACAAUUGCUAGAGCCAUAUCUCUCCUCCAGCUCCAAUAGAGACCAGAUCUCCUGUAGCUCCAGUCUGGGAGAGCAUGCUGGAGGUGAUAAGAAGUGCUGUCAGAAAGGCUUGCCCUGGUGGUUUGUGUUUGUUGGCUGGAUUCUUGUUGCAGCCACUAGUGGAGUGUCAGCAUAUUUCACCAUGAUGUAUGGGUUGACUUAUGGAACGGAUCGCUCUAUUAGCUGGCUUAUUUCUAUGGUUGUGUCGUUUUUUGAGAGCCUCUUCAUUACCCAGCCUAUAAAGGUGCUUGGAUUUGCCGUCUUCUUUGCUCUGGUCCUAAAGACAGUCGAUCAAGAAGAUUAUGGUGAUGUUUCAAUUGAGGGUGCUUUAUCUAGUACAGAUGAUCCUGAUAACAUAUGCAUUGCCAGGAGGGACAGCACAUGUAGUUUCUAUCAGCCUCCUCCUCCUUGUGAUAUUGAGAAGAUGAGGAACAACAUGAUCAAAGAACAGAAAGUCUUUGCACUCAUCAGGGAAAUUCUCAUUUAUGUAGGGUUCCUCUGGAUGCUACUCCUGGUGGCUUACGGUCAGCGAGAUCCAAAUGCUUUCUACCUCACUCAACACAUUCAGCAGAGUUUUAGGACCGGCAUUGCUGACAGUAUGAACUACAAAGAUGUCUUUUCCUGGGCGAACACCACCCUCCUGAAUAAGGUUUUUGGACAACAACCAGGCUUUAUCACAGAUGGAAACUCAAAGCUCGUCGGCAAUGCUCGACUCCGGCAGGUUCGAGUGCACAAGGACUCCUGCAGGACCUCCAGCUUCAUGAGUCGUUCCAUCCGUGACUGCAAUGCUCCAUAUUCUUGGGAGGUUGAGGACAUGGGCUCCUACGGUCCUGGCUGGAACCGAUCAACAGAUGUAAAUGUGUCAAAGAGUCUCCUCAUGCCAUGGUGGUACCAAACCCAGUCCAGACUCAGGGCGCAUCCUAUCUGGGGUGGGGUGGCUUUCUACAGAGGUGGAGGCUUUGUUGUGGACCUGGGGCCUAACAAACAAAACGCAAGAAGUUUGCUUCGGUACCUUUUCGAGAGCACCUGGGUGGACAAAUACACUCGGGCUAUCUUUGUGGAGUUCACAGUGUAUAACGCUAACGUUAACCUCUUCUGUAUUGUCACGCUGAUGUUUGAGACCACAGCAGUAGGAGCAUUCCAGUACCGCAGUGAUCUACAAAGUGUCCGCCUUUAUCAGUCAACUGAUGGUUUUCAUAUUUUCAUGAUGGCCUCUGAAGCCAUCUAUUUUCUCUUCAUUCUUUAUUACAUGUUUCAGCAGGGAAAGCUUAUGAAACAACAUAAGUGGGAAUACUUCAGGAGCAAGUGGAAUGUUUUGGAGUUAGCUAUCAUUAUUUUAAGCUGGAGUGCACUGUGUGUUUUCAUCAAGAGGACACUGUUGGGCAAACGAGACAUCGAGUACUAUCAAAACCACAAAGAUGAACAUGCUAGCUUCCAUGAAACCGCCACAGCAGAUGGAGUUCUUGGAUACCUUAUAGCUUUCCUAGUUCUGCUGGCUACAGUCAAACUGUGGCACCUGCUGCGCCUCAACCCUAAGCUGCAAAUGAUCACCGCGACGCUUCAUCGGGCUUGGAACGACAUCUCUGGCUUCAUUAUCGUCAUGACAAUUAUGCUCUUAGCUUACUCCAUUGCUUGUAAUUUAAUGUACGGCUGGAAGCUUUAUUCCUACCACACUCUUCUCCAUGCUGCCAAGACCAUCGUAAGCUUACAACUGGGGAUCUUCAACUAUGAAGAAGUUUUGCAUUACAAUCCUGUUCUUGGUGCAUUUGUCAUUGGUUCUUGCAUCAUCUUCAUGACGUUUGUGGUUCUAAAUCUGUUCAUAUCCGUUAUCCUGGUGGCAUUUUCUGAAGAACAGAUACACCAUAAGCCAUCUGAAGAGGAGGAAAUCGUGGACCUGAUGCUAAUGAAGAUAUGCAGCCUUUUGGGGAUCAGAGUUAAGAAGAACCAGUUUCCUGAAGAACCAAAAGCAAAACCUUUUGCUAUAACUUAAAAGUGUGAUUAAGAUAGAAAGAUAAAAAGAUAAAUGUAGUAGAAGAAGUGGCUAACAGAAGCUUUUAUGUAAUGCUCAUUGUCUUUGCAAAUUGCUAGGGAUAUUAAUAUCACUGCACAAUGCUAUUAUAUUUAAAAGCUUAAUGUGAAAGGUGUUACAUGUAUUGUGUAGGCUUUUAUUAUACAAGCUGUACAUCGUAGCUCUCUGAUUUUAGCUGCUUGAAUUUGUUUUGAUGAAAAUUCCAAGACCUACAAAAUCUUGGUUUAAGGAGUCUCUGUUUUGGAGAAUUUAACAGUUUGUUUUGGAUAUACAAAAUAUUCAGUCAGUCAUCAAUAAUGCUAUGCAUCCAUCUAGCUGAGCAGUUAAAUUAACCAAAUCUCAUUCUAAAUUGUGGUGGACACUUCAUGUAGUCUAAGCCUUAAAAAAAAGUGAAUAAAUUAAAAAAUAAAUAAAAGCUGGUGAUGGAACAAAUGUUUAUAUUUGUAUGUGAUAACAGGAACUAACCUAUCAUUAAAUGCAACUAUAAACCGAUGGUAAAUGCCAUUGUUGCUGUGGUAUAAGAGGAAUAAAAAAAAAUUAGUACAUGCUGUUAUUAGGUGGGGGG